AUGGUACGUUGCCAUUUUGUGUGUGUGUGUGUGUGUGCUUGUGCGAGACUCUAUGUGACUGUUCACAUCAGUCUCUUUGUGACAACGAGUGCGUCCGCCUGUGUAAAUGUGACAGGGGGAGGCCUGCCACUGCCUGCUGACAGCGAGUGACAGAGAGGUAGAGAAAGAGAGAAGGAUCGUAGAGGUAAAGUGACAGAGGGGUUGCAGUGGCCUGGAUGUGACUGGCUUGGCCUUGGCUACAAGCCAGACAGCAUUUCUUUCCACACUUUGGGAGGACAUCAUGGAGCUAACCCUCUCCCCCAGCCCCCGGGGUGUGCCCCCUAGAAUGUGGCGUGGGUGACCGAGAGGCCCUGUCAGCAUGCAGCAGGAGAGAGAGGGGGUGCUCAGCCUCAGGGUGCACCCGUCACGGGUGUCUUUCCAUUUUUUACGCUGGAUGAGAGGCAAGAGGGUAAUGUACUGAGCUGGGAGAGCUGGGAUGUGUGAGGAAGGUGGAAGGGGACUGGAGGAGAUCUUUGUGGAGGUAAAGAUGAAAGGAGGAUUUGGGGAGACAUGCCAGGGUGGAUAUACUGAGCUUUCGACUCCAUCUGUUCUGACUUGUAUAUGACCUGGAAACCAUUUAAAUGUUUCCAGGGCAGUGUGAGGAUAUUACAUCUGACUGUCUGUAUGUGUGGUGCGUUUGCAUGUGUAUAUGUGUGUCAGUGUGUGACCUCAGAUUGUUUGUCAUUGAAUGGUGGGACCGUUUUCUUUGAGUUGUAAUAGGUUCUAGAAAUUCCAGGGUAGCAGGCCUAUCGGAUUAGAUGGGUUGAGGUUUUUUGCAUUUUGUUCAGCAGAAUGAGGCUACCAGGUCAGGGAUAAAUCAUAUUAAUGUGUUUCUCAGCAGGUAAAAGGCAUGUAGCUGCUGUAGUAGAGCCUCUCAUUUUUUGUCAGUGGUGUCUGAGUGAGGGGAAUGCACGUGUAUUAUCGAUGUAUAUGCCUUAAGUGUCUUUACAUCUGUUUGUGUUCUGUGAUGGACUCUCUCUCUCAACCACAGAUGCUGUUGCUGAGCUCACUAAAGAGUACAGGGAGAAUGAGGAGCCAAUCACAGAUGAUAGUCCCAAUCUGCACAAAUUAUCCUACAAACUGGAGUACCUGCUGCAGGUGAGUCCUUGGGUGGUGGACCAUUCUUGAUACACACGGGAAACUGUUGAGCGUGAAAAACCCAGCAGCAUUGCAGUUCUUGACACACUCAAACCGAUGCGCCUGGCACCUACUACCAUACCCUGUUCAAAGGCACUUAAAUAUUUUGUCUUGCCCAUUCACUAUCUGAAUGGCACACAUACACAAUCCAUGUCUCAAGACUUUAAAAUCAUGUUUUAACUUGUCUUCUCCCCUUCAUCUACAAUGAUUGAAGUGGAUUUAACAGGUGACAUCAAUAAGUGAACAUAGCUUUCACCUGGAUUCACCUGGUCAGUCUAUGGCAUGGACAGAGCAGGUGUUCCUAAUAUUUUGUACACUCUGAGUAUAAAUGUGAACAGGAGUAAUAGUGACCAGGAGCAGGAUAAAAUAGAUAGAUACUAAUGGUAAUGGGAAUCAAUAAUCAAUUAAUAGUAGUGUAGUGGUAGUAAUACAUCUAAUCAAUAGUAAUUGUAGCAGCAGCGUAUGUGUGAGGGGGAGAAGUAGUUGUUUAAAAGCUGUUUAGGAGUGUGUUGGUCUGAGCCUUGAUGCACCGGUACCAUCUGCCGGACGGGAGCAAGGACCUAGCACGCAAUGACUACAUCAAGCUUGUGACUCUACAUAUAUAUUGGAUGCAUUUGCAGUUAGUUUUGGUUUUGUUUCAGAUGAUUUUGUGCCCAAUAUAAAUGAAUGGUAAACAAUGUAUAUUGUCAUUUUGGAGUCACUUUUAUUGUAAAUAAGAAUAGAAUAUGUUUCUAAACACUUCUACAUUAAUGUGGAUGCUACCAUGAUUACCGAUAAUCCUGAAUGAAUCAUGAAUAAUGAUGAGUGAGAUAGUUACAGAUGGUCAAAGAUCAUACCCCCAAGCCAUGCUAAUCUUCCCUGUUAUUGGUAAUGGUGAGAGGUUAACAUGUCUCUGGGGUAUGAUCUUUGACCCUCUAUAUAACUUUCUCACUCAUCAUUAUUCACGAUUCAUUCAGGAUUAUCCGUAAUCAUGGUAGCAUCUACAUUAACGUAGAAGUGUUUAGAAACAUAUUCUGUUCUUAUUUAUAAUAAAAGUGACUCCAAAAUGACACAAUACAUUAUUUACCAUUAAUUUAUAUUGGGCACAAAAUAAUCUCCAAUACAACCAAAACUAACUGCAAAUGCAGCCAACAAGUUUGUAGAGUCACAAACUUGAUGUAGUCAUUGCUUGCUAGGAAUAUGGGACCAAAUACUAAACUUUAUUCAUAAGAAUCUUUAGGGGUGUCAAUAAUUUGGACCCCUACCUUUUUGAGAAAAUAAAUAUUACUUGUUAAACAAAAUCUCUUUCUCUGAUCAAUUGUUUUAAUAUAAAAAUAUAUAAUUUCCCAAUUUUUUUGCAUUCCCUAUUUGAAUUAUGUAUUUUAUACAGUCAUUAUUGUUAAUCUUUAUCAAGGAUGUCAAUCAUUUCGGACCCCACUGUAUCUACUGCUGUACAUAUCAUUCUUAAUAUAUAUUUUCAGUGUAUAUACACACAGAUUGUAUUUGGAUUACUGAUACAGUUUUAUUUAGGUUGUUAAUUGGAUUCGUUCUGACAUUUCUUGAUUUUAGUUUUUUUUAUUUGUGUACUUUGACAUUUUACUGCACUGUUAGGAGCUAGUAACACAAUCAUUUUGCUGCACCUGCUAUAACAUCUGCUAAGCUGUGUACACAACCAAUAAACUUUGAUUUGAUUUAAUCAGGGGCGGUUUUCCAGACACUGAUUAAGCUUAGUCCUAGACUAAAAGGCAAAUCUGUGUCCAGCAGAAUCCAAGUCAAAUCAAGGCCAACCUGCUAUGCUCACCAAUAUGGCAUUGUUCACAUCACUAUACAGUAUGUCAUAUAAGAUUGGUUGCUAACGUGUCAUCUAUGCUAUUCAGUUUGACCAGAAGGAGAAGACAACAUUUCUUGGCACAAGAAAAGACUACUGGGAUUAUUUCAGCGACUGUCUGGCCAAGAUCAAAGGAGCCAACGAUGGUAUCCGCUUUGUCAAAUCCAUCCCAGAGGUAUGGAGAUCAGCACUUUUAAAAGUCAAUUAUAGGGAUUGUCAACUUUUAUUACACAAUGUUUAGUAAUAAUUAAUAUGUAAUGACGUUCUAUCUUCAGAGGUUUUUUGCCACCAUUUCUGUGCCAAAAUAAAGGAAACACUUGAGUAAAUGAGGGAUACAAAGUAUAUUGAAAACAGGUUCUUCCACACAGGUGUGGUUCCUGAUUUAAUUAAGCAAUUAACAUCCUGUCAUGCGUAGGGUCAUGUAUAAAAAUGCCCAGUUGCCCAUUAUUUUGGCUACCAUGGCUAGAAGAAGAGAUAUCAGUGACUUUGAAAGAGGGGUCUCAAAGGAGCAUAGGGGUUUAAAAUGUGUGUAUGUCAGUCACCAGAUCUCAACCCAAUUGAACACUUAUGGGAGAUUCUAGAGCGACGCCUGAGACAGCGUCUUCCACCACCAUCAACGAAACACUAAAUUAUGGAAUUUCUCGUGGAAGAAUAGUGUCGCGUCCCUACAAUAGAGUUCCAGGCACUUCUAGAAUCUAUGACAAUUUGCAUUGAAGCUGUUCUGGCGGCUCGUGGGGUCCCAACGCCCUAUUAAGACACUUUAUGUUGGUGUUUCCUUUAUUUUGGCAGUUACCUGUAGUUAUAAGGACAUGGGGGAAUUUGGCAUUCUGCUGGGUAGUGGACACUAGCCAUGAAACACAAAUACUAUUUGUUAGCAGUGUCACGAACCGGCUCAAAGUUCGUAACAAAAAGGGAGACACCGUGGAGACAAGGAAUACCAAAAUAUAUAUUUAUUAACUAAAGUAAACUAAAUAUAAUUAACAAUGGUGUGUGUAAUCAGUAGUGUAAGUGAGUGUUUUGCAUGCAUCAAUGUAAUAAUGCAAGGUGUUGAAAGGUGCCAAAGCAAACAACCAAAAACCACAAAACUACCACAACAAAAAUCAAUCAAGGUGUCUGCAUGGAGAGAGUCUCUCCAAUGAAUGUAGAAGAGGUCAAUUUAUCCUGGGACACACCCGGGCCCAGGUGUUUCCCAUGUAGCUGACGACCCUCCCAACUCCGCCCACCGGCAUCCUAAUAAGGAAACAAGAGCAAAGAGAGAGAAUACGGCAGACAGAGUGGGAGGGUCGUCACAGCAGGAUCUACACAACAGAUGUUGAAUAUGGAUGAAUGAUUAUAAACCACUUUUGAGUAAUGAAAAUGUCUGACAAAUGUUGAUUUGAGCUAUCCUUUUAACGGACAUGUUCAAGAAGCACAUAUGCUCAUUUAAGGCCUCAUUUGUGCUGCAGAUGAACAGCUAUCACAUACAUUUGCUGUACAGCACUGUGAAUAUGUUCUUUACUUUGCCCUUCCAGCUGAAGACAUCUCUGGGGAAGGGCAGGGCUUUCAUUCGGUACUCCCUGGUGCACCAGCGACUGGCUGACACGCUGCAGCAGUGUCUGAUGAACCAAAGGGUAACCAGGUAAAACUCAACACCACUCCGGCAACAGUUUUAGGGGUUGAACAUGGAUGCGUAGGGUCAAAUUUGGGGAACAUAAUCAUGUUUGGCUAAAUUAAGGGACUGUUAAUGUUUUGGUUGAAAUGACAGUUCAUUAGACACAGACUACUAUUCUGAGAUUUGGACUGCUCUGACGGUAAGUUCACUGUUUCAAGUAAACAUAAUUUCCUUUAAUUUCUCUAGCCUUGUGGUGUUUUACUUCUGUAAACUUCUUUCUCUGUUCCUCAGGUACGUAAAGAGAGUGUGUCUGUACUAUGGUACCAAAGGUUACUGGAAGCAGUGUCUAGUGGGUUUUGGAGUGGUUUAGAUGUUUUCAGAUGCAGUCAUAAUAUAUUGUACAGAUCCACUUCUCGAAAAGUGGCUUCUCCCUUUGUGAAGAAUUGUAUCUGUAUGCUCGAUGUACUUGUGAAAUGUAUCUGUGUGUUUAUAAAAGGGAUGUCCAUAUUUCAUAUAUGCACUGCACUUUUUGUGAGUGUCAAGGUAAUUGAAUAUAACGAACAGGCUAAGUAUAUUAGUGAAGGUAUGUCUAUGUGAAUGUGCCCUAUCAAUAUGCUAAUCUUCUUCUCUGUGCAGUGACUGGUACUAUGCUCGCAGCCCCUUGCUGAAAUCCCACCUCGGUGUUGACAUCAUAAAUCACCUGUAUGAGCUCAACGAGGUCCAGUUUGAUGUGGCCUCCAGGGGUCAUGACCUUGACUCGUCCUGGCCCACCUUCGCAAGGUGGGUACCCUCAUAGAUAUCAUCCUGACUAACAUACCCUCUAAAUACACCUCAGCUGUCUUCAACCAGGAUCUCAGCGAUCACUGCCUUAUUGCCUGCGUCCGUAACGGGUCCGCGGUCAAACGACCACCCCUUAUCACUGUCAAACGCUCCCUAAAACAUUUUAGCGAGCAGGCCUUCCUAAUUGACCUGGCCCAGGUAUCCUGGAUGGAUAUAGAUCUCAUUCCGUCAGUAGAGGAUGCCUGGUUGUUCCUUAAAAGUAAUUUCCUCUCAAUCUUAAAUAAACAUGCCCCAUUCAAAAAAUACAGAACUAAGAACCGAUAUAGCCCCUGGUUCUCCUCAGACUUGACUGCCCUUUACCAGCACAAAAACAUCCUGUGGCGUACUGCAUUAGCAUCAAAUAGCCCCCGCGAUAUGCAACUUUUCAGGGAAGUUAGGAACCAAUAUACACAAGCAGUCAGGAAAGCAAAGGCUAACUUUUUCAAACAGAAAUUUGCAUCCUGUAGCACUAACUCCAAAAAGUUUUGGGACACUGUAAAGUCCAUGGAGAAUAAGAGCACUUCCUCCCAGCUGCCCACUGCACUGAGGCUAGGAAACACUAUCACCACCGAUAAAUCUACAAUAAUCGAGAAUUUCAACAAGCAUUUUGCUACGGCUGGCCAUGCUUUCCACCUGGCUACCACUACCCCGGCCACCAACUCUGCACCCUCCGCUGCAACUUGCCCAUGCCCCCCCCGCUUCUCCUUCACACAAAUUCAGACAGCUGAUGUUCUGAAAGAGCUGCAAAAUCUGGACCCCUACAAAUCAGCUGGGCUAGACAAUCUGGACCCUUUCUUUCUAAAACUAGCCGCCGAAAUUGUCGCAACCCCUAUUACUAGUCUGUUCAACCUCUCUUUCAUAACGUCUGAGAUCCCCAGAGAUUGGAAAGCUGCCGCGGUCAUCCCCCUCUUCAAAGGGGGUGACAUUCUAGAUCCAAACUGCUACAGACCUAUAUCCAUCCUGCCCUGCCUUUCGAAAGUAUUUGAAAGCCAAGUUAACAAACAGAUCACCGACCAUUUCGAAUACCACCGUACCUUCUCCGCUAUGCAAUCCGGUUUCCGAGCUGGUCAUGGAUGCACUUCAGCCACGCUCAAGGUCCUAAACGAUAUUAUAACCACGAUUGAUAAUAGACAGUACUGUGCAGCCGUCUUCAUCGACCUGGCCAAGGCUUUCGACUCUGUCAACCACCGCAUUCUUAUUGGCAGACUAAAUAGCCUUGGUUUCUCAAAUGACUGCCUCGCCUGGUUCACCAAAUACUUCUCAGAUAGAGUUCAGUGUGUCAAAUCGGAGGGCCUGUUGUCUGGACCUAUGGCAGUCUCUAUGGGGGUGCCACAGGGUUCAAUUCUUGGGCCGACACUUUUCUCCGUGUAUAUCAAUGAUGUCGCUCUUGCUGCUGGUGACUCUCAGAUCCACCUCUACGCAGACGACACCAUUUUGUAUACAUCUGGCCCUUCAUUGGACACUGUGUUAACAAACCUCCAAACGAGCUUCAAUGCCAUACAACACUCCUUCAGUAGCCUCCAACUGCUCUUAAACACUAGUAAAACUAAAUGCAUGCUUUUCAAUCGAACGCUGCUGGCACCCGCCCACCCGACUAGAAUCACCACUCUCGACGGGUCUGACCUAGAGUAUGUGGACAACUACAAAUACCUAGGUGUCUGGUUAGACUGUAAACUCUCCUUCCAGACUCACAUAAAGAAUCUCCAAUCCAUAGUUAAAUCUAGAAUCGGCUUCCUAUUUCGCAACAAAGCCUCCUUCACUCAUGCUGCCAAACAUGCCCUCGUAAAACUGACUAUCCUACCGAUCCUUGACUUCGGCGAUGUCAUUUACAAAAUAGCCUCCAACACUCUACUCAGCAAAUUGGAUGUAGUCUAUCACAGUGCCAUCCGUUUUGUCUCCAAAGCCCCAUACACUACCCACCACUGUGACCUGUACACUCUUGUUGGCUGGUCCUCACUACAUGUUCGUCGUCAAACCCACUGGCUCCAGGCCAUCUAUAAAUCACUGCUAGGCAAAUCCCCGCCUUAUCUUAGCUCAUUGGUCACCAUAACAGCACCCACCCGUAGUCUGUGCUCCAGCAGGUAUAUCUCACUGGUCAUUCCCAAAGCCAACACCUCCUUUGGCCGCCAUUCCUUCCAGUUCCCUGCUGCCAAUGACUGGAACGAAUUGCAAAAAUCUCUGAAGCUGGAGACUCUUAUCUCCCUCACUAACUUUAAGCAUCAGUUGUCAGAGCACCUUACCGAUCACUGCACCUGUACACAGCCCAUCUGAAAUUAGCCAACCCAACUACCUCAUCCCUAUAUUGUUAUUUAUUUUGCUCUUUUGCACCCCAGUAUCUCUAUUUGCACAUAAUCUCUUGCACAUCUAGCAUUCCAGUGUUAAUACUAUUGUAAUUAUUUUGCACUAUAGCCUAUUUAUUGCCUUACCUCCAUAACUUGCUACAUUUGCACACACUGUAUAUAUAUUUUCUGUUGUAUUUUUGACUUUAUGUUUUUUUACCCCAUAUGUAACUCUGUGUUGUUUUUAUUGCACUGCUUUGCUUUAUCUUGGCCAGGUCGCAGUUGUAAAUGAGAACCUGUUCUCAACUGGCUUACCUGGUUAAUUAAAGGUGAAAUAAAAAAAUAAAUAAAAAAAGGUAACCAAUCACAAAGAUAAAGCUGUUUAUAAUACAUCCCAUUCUCCAGGUGCUGUGCAUUGGAUUGAGGGAUUGAUCAAAUGUAGAUUAAAACGAUACUUGGUGAUGUCACCUCAUCACAUGUGUGUUUUCUGAUCUCCAGGAGGACACUGGGCAUGCCCAACUCACCUGGCCACAUGUGGAAACCACCCAGUCGCAGCUCCAGCAUCAACAGUCUGGCCAGCACCUACUCACAGGUACUGACACAGCCCGCCUUCCUCCUCAAAGCUUUUACUCUGCUGGGACUAAUAUGGUUCUAUUAUGAACUGGUCAUAUCUUAACAUAUCAUAUUGCUAAGAUUAUACCAUAAUGAAACGUAAAACCAUAAAAUGAGUAGUGUCAUCUGCACUCAAUCUGAUACUCUCUCUCUUUCCUCAACCCCCUAAACCACCGUAGCAGGCUCAUGAGUUCCCUGGCAGCCCUGACUAUGGCCCAAGCAUGCUGAGCGAGUUGAACGAGUUGUUGCCUUCCGGCGUAGAGGUGAGUAUGUUGGACAAGCUCCGCCUGGAGCUGGACCAGUCGGAGCUGAAGCAACAGGAGCUCCUGGACAGGGUAAGGCAGAUGGGGGAGGAGAGUGCUGAGCUCAGGAGUGUGGUGGUGGAGCUCCAGAGGCAGCUAGACGUGUCGCUGACCGCCCAGGAGGAACAGCAGGGUAUGCAAAGGACCCUGAAAGCCCUGGAGGCACGGGAGGAGGCCUUGUCCUGUGAGCUGGAGUCCCUGAGGGCCGGGGAGAGGGCCAGGGAGACCAAACAGCGCCACUUUCAGGAGAAGCUGGCUGCCGCAGAGGGGAAGAACGUAGAACUGAUGGCCAAACUGGAUGGGGUGUUGGAUGAGAAGGGCCAGCAGGCGACUAGCUACUUUGACUCAGCACAGAAGAUCCAUGAGCUUCUGGACAGACUGAAGGAGGCUGAGAAGGGGAAAAUAGAGGCUCUGGCAGAGGGAGAGGACAGGAGGAGGCAGGCCGACAGGCUGGCAGAUGAGCUAAGGGUCAAGGAGGUUGCAGAAAAGGAGGACGAGGCCAAGCUCGAGGCGCUGUCAAAAUCCUUUGCAGAGGGGAACGCUAAGUUUGCGGAGUGUGCAGAGGAGCAGCGUAACGCCAUUGACAAGCUGCAGGGGGCAUUGACUUUGAGCGAGAAGGAGGUCAACAACCUGCAGAGGCAGCUGCAGGACCUCCAGAGCACUCUGGAAGAGAGGGAGAGACAAGCAGAGGAGGCCAGAAACAGGGCAGAGGAGGAGAAAGAGGAGAUCCAGGGAAGCAUAGGCAGUCUGAAAAAGGCCUUGGAGGUGGAAGUCCUCUACCUGAAGGAGCAGUUGAAGAGCAGAGAGGCGGAGCUGCUCUCCAGCAUCCAGAGGCUUCAGCACCUGGAGGUCCAGAGCCAUAGCCUGACAACGGAGAGGGACAUCCUGAGCGCCAACCUCUCCGAGCUGGAGUCCAGUGUCAUGGAGCAGGCCAAUAAAAUCGAAGAGUACAAGACUCAGUGCACCAACCUGAUGGAGCUGAAUGGGAAGUUGCUUGACACAAUGAAGAGGAAUGAGGAGCUGAAGAAGGAGCUGGCAGAGAGCCGGGCAGCCCUGGAGGGCGAGGUGGCCUCUUUGAGAGCGUCAGACAAGCAACUGAGGGGCCAGCUGGACGACGCCAAGGUAACUGUGGAUGAGAAGGACAGGAGGCUGUGUGAGGAGAACCGGGCCUUGGACGAGAGUCUGCAGAGGGCGGCCAUGGCUGCCGAGGUCUCAGACGCCGCCACCAAACGGCUGAAGCAGGAGAACCAAGGCCUGAGGGAGGAGCAGGCUACGGUGAGGGCGGCGCUGAGCUCCCUGCAGGAGGAACUGAUGUCCAUCCACGGGCAGAUCGGAGAGCUGGAGAAGACCUUGGGGGCAUCCCGCAGGAGCGAGGCCAGCCUGCAGGAGCAGCUCAAAGACAGGAAGGCCCAGCUAGAGAACAAGGAGAAGGGCUGUGCAGAGCUCCAGGCCAGGGUGGAGGCCCUGGAGGCCAGAGGAAGGGCACUGGAGAAGGCUAAAGCAGAUGCAGAAAAGGCCUGUGCCAAAAAGACAAAGCUGAUAGAGAGGGUCACUACUGAGAAACAGACGGUGGAAAGAACACAGCUAAAGAGGAGCUCUGUCCAGGCCAAGGAGAACCAGGAGGUAGCCGCCAAGCUGACUAUGGUGGAGGGCCAGCUGGAAGUGAACAUGAAGGAGGUGUCCAGGCUCCAGGCAGAAGUGAUGGAUUUGAGAGUGCAGCUGAAGACCUCUGGGGAGGACAGGAUGAGGAGCCAGGCCCAGCUGGAGGUGAUGGAGGCCCAGAAAGACGAACUCAGGACCCUAACAGAGCAGCUCAAAGCCCAGACUGAGGCACUUAACCAGAGGCAUGUGGCCGAGCUCCUGCAGUGCAAAGAGAGGGAAGAGGCUCUGAGCAGGGAGCAUGACCAGGAGGCAGUCACCCGGGCCAAGUCGGCUGCCUCAGAGGCCUCCGCCAGGGGAGAGCUGGCCACGCUAAAGGUCCAAAAUGAGAGGCUGGCCUUGGAGAAUGCUGAGACACGCGAAGGCCUCCACCGGGCCAAUACAGAGAUGGCAGAGCUUGGGAUGACUAUCUGUAGACUGACGGCAGAAAGGGAGGUGGCCAAGGAAGGCUGGGCAGGGGAGGCAAGCAGGAUAGGGGAGCUGGAGGAGAGAACUUCCAGGGAGGUGGAGCGGCUGGAGACCUGCAUGGCCACCAUGCGCCAGGAGAACACCAGCCUAAGAGAGGAGCUGAGGAUGACAGAGAACCUUCCGGCAGCCAUGCUGGAGCUGCAGGACAAGCUGGAGAAGGCAGAGGGCCAGGUGAGGAGCCUCCAGGACUCCAGUCGGGAGGAGAUGGAGGCGGUCAAGUUCCAGAUGAGCUCCGAGAGCAUGAAUCAUCAGAACCAGAUCAAGGUGAGUUUGGCUGGAGUUCUGUCAAAAGCCUGUGACAUGGGGGAAAUGAAUGUGAUUUAG